CAGCGGCAAUGAUGAUGAAAACACGCGAGUAGCUUACCUUCAGUGGUACAAGCUUCUCGUUUAUACUACCACUGGAGUAGAGGGUCUAGUUUUGUCCCCGCAGACACCGACCCGAGAUCCCAGAAACCUCAAACACGAAUCAUUCAUAAGUAUUGUUACAAGACCUGUAGUUGCACUUCUCCAUCUCCUUCAUCUGGGGAAUCCCAUCUCUGCCCCGAUUGUCUCUGCUCUGGUUGCACUAUGGAAGAUGCUAAGGAUGCGGAAGUCUGCUCUGAGCAGAUCGAAGUGGCGAAGCAAUCUGCAAAUGGAUCCGGUCGCGCUGGAGAUGUGAACCUUGUCGACGGCGAAGGAAAUAUUCGACGCAUCCCGAUUCCAUCAGAUGACCCCAAUGAUCCGCUCAACUUCAAUAAAUGGCGCAAACUGGGUAUACUGGUUUCCUGUUGUUGGUUCAGUAUCUUCAGUUUGGUCUUGGUCGGCGGUAUCGGACCCAUCAUUCCUGUCUUCUUGGAGAUGUACCCGGGAAAGAGCGUAACUGAUGUCGUCGGUCUAUCUACAUAUCCCAGUGUGACGAUGGCCUGUGGAGCAUUUGUAAUUCUGCCCCUCGCAAUGAUGUUUGGCCGUCGCCCAGUAUUCCUUGGUUGUUGCCUUCUGCUCAUCGGAUCCAGUAUUGGUGCAGCCAAAAGUACAAGCUUCGAUCAACAUAUGGCAUGCCGAGUAUUGAUCGGGGUUGCAACCGGUGCUACCGAAUCUGUGUUACCUCUGAUCAUAACGGACGUCAGUUUCGUCGAUGAGCGUGGCAAGUGGUUCGCAUGGUACUGGGGAACUCAGAACCUCAUCAAUGCUGUUUUUACCAUCUCCAUCAGCUAUCUCGUAGCUGCGACUAGCUGGCAAUGGUUCUACUGGGUCAUCACGAUUCUUGCUGGUGCAGGUACAGUGGUGGCAUUCUUUUUGUUACCUGAAACCCGGUAUCAAAGAAGUCCAAUGUCGCUGAAUGGUCUUGUCGUCUACACAGAUGAGUUUGGCGUGACAUUGGUCUUGACAGAUGCCGAAGCGAGAAGCCGAUUCGGUACGGUACAUGCCCACAACGAGGCCACGGCGGUCAGAGAGCGGGAUGGUUUCAUCAAGCAGCUCAAACCGUAUACUAGCAUGGCACCAAAUGCUCUUCAAGUUGGAAUGGGCUCUCUGUGGAAGAUGGUUCAAUGUUGCACAUCACCAGCAGUCAUCUGGGCCAUCUUGGCUGCUUCCAUUAGUCUUGGAGUCGGCAUUGCCAUGUCAUUGAACUAUGGGACCAUUCUCACUCACGAUUACGGAUGGUCGCAAAGUUCUGUUGGUCUCAUCAACGUCCCUAUCUUCCCUGCCUCUAUAGCCGCGAUGGUAUAUGCUGGAUGGUUUGGGGAUAAACUUAAUAUCCUCAUCGCCAAGCGAAGAGGUGGCAUUCAUAUUCCAGAGGAUACCUUGCUUAUUUUGAUCUUCCCUGCGAUUGUCAGCAUGAUUGGUAUUAUUAUCUACGGCGCUGCGGCAAAGUGGCCAGAAACGAUUUCAGUUUGGGGAAUCAUCAUGGGUUGGGCACUGUUCGAGUUUGGCUUUAUUGUUGUCUUGAUGACUACAACACAUUUUGCGUCGGAAGCAAUGCCAGAAAAUCCUGGCCCUGCACUCGUGUUGGUAACGGGGCUAAAGAAUGUGGUCUCGUUCGGCGCUUCCUAUGGUAUUACGCCUAUGGUAAUGCAAUUCGAUUAUCUGCGCGCUUAUAUGAUUCUUCUUGGCGUGUUUGCUGCGAUCUUCCUUUUGGGAAUACCCAUCUAUUUGCUGAAUCCCAAGUGGCGAGCUUAUAUGGGAAGGAAACAGCACCAUGAUUGAAUAUAGUAAUAGGCUGGCAAAGGGAACAUAGCUGCCACAUUGAACGCAUCAAUAUUUGUUGUUGGUCUUGCAUUCUGUCUGAGUAAUGCUCCAACCCAGUGUUCUAUGACGG